GUGUUUGUAUCUAUACAGUAGAUAUAACGCCUUGUCUCAUGUACACAAGUAGUGAGGUUGCACGUCGGUGGCGGGCUGAGUCAGUCUGUGUUUGACCGGUGAGCCGACUGGACGUGUGCCUGCACGUGCGGCUUGGUGUUACAGUGAGCCAUAGGUAUUGCGUUCUGUGCAGCUAUACACGAUAUAAUUGUAGACCCUACAAGUGGCGACGAGGAGAAAGGGCGCCCCAACAACUAUGGCGAACAUGCUGCCAGCUCCAGAAAAAUUAGAUCUCGAAGGCGACAACGCUUCUGUAGGAUUACGAUGGGAGAAAUGGAAGAGAUCAUUAGAAAUCUACCUUGAAGCAGCUGAUAUAAAGUCUCCAUCGAAGAAAAGAGCGACGUUGCUAUUGCUAGGAGGCACUGGACUACAGGACAUUUUUUACAAUCUUCCAUGUGCAAGCGCUGUGACUCCAGAAACAGAUGAAUUUCAAGUAGCCGUUGAAGCAUUAGAUAAUUUCUUCCGACCUAAACAGAACAAAACUUUUGAGAGGCAUGUCUUCCGAUUAAUUAAGCAGGAUGAAGGUGAAAGUUUCGAGAAGUUUUUGGUUAAGUUAAGGGACCAAGCGAGUAAAUGUAAGUUUGAUAAGCCGGACGAUCACAUAAUAGAUCAAAUAAUUGAACGGUGCCAAUCGUCAGAGCUGCGGAAGAAGAUAUUGAUAAUGGGAGAGACGGUGACUUUAGACAAAGUAAUCACAGAAGCAAAUACAUUAGAAGUGGUAAAUCAACAGUUAUCAUGCUACGAACAGAAAAUCAAGGAAAACACGAAGGAUGAGAAUGUGAAUUCUAUAAUCAACCGAAAUACAAGGGUUAUCAAGAAUGAUAGAAGGGUUGAAGAAGGAACCAGUAAACCAAAAUGUGGUAGAUGUGGUAACUUUACUCACAGCCCGAAUGAUUUAAAAUGCCCAGCUAAGGAGAAAAAAUGCCAUGUUUGCGGUAAAUUGGGCCACUAUCAAAGAUGUUGCAAAACUAAAUCAAACCAAUUGAAACGGAAAAUAGAACAGGGAUCAACGUGGAAUAGAAAUAAUUUGAAGAGAUUAAGGCAAGGAGAUACAAUAAAUUCGCUAGAAGGACCAGAUGAAGAAGUUCAGUAUGUUUUCAAUGUCAGCGACGACGCAACGAUAGAUUGCAACGUAGGCAAUGUCAAACUAGAGAUGCUAAUAGAUUCAGGUUGCAAACUCAAUUUGAUAACAGAUAAGGCUUGGGAAUACUUAAAAAAUAAUAAAGUGAAUUGCUGCAAACAAAUCAAGGAGCCCAAUAAAAUGCUUAUGGCUUACGGGUGCGUGGAGCCCUUACAAGUUAAAGGCUCAUUUGAGGCGGUAUUAAAUGUCGGAACACGGUCUGAGAAAAGCACCAUUUAUGUAAUCCAGAACGGGACCCGGAAUCUACUUGGGAAAGACACCGCAUUGCGAUUAGGCGUUCUGAAGCUUGGGUUAGGAGUAAAUCAAAUUCGUGAAGAACAGAAACCAUUCCCGAAAUUCAAAGAUAUUCUGGUUGAAAUUCCGAUUGACAAAUCUGUAAAACCGGUGAUGCAGCCUUACCGAAGGAUUCCUAUACCAAUAGAAAAAGAGAUUCAAGAUAAGAUAAAUGAAUUACUGUUUGCCGAUAUUAUUGAAGAGGUACAUGAACCGUCUUCGUGGAUUUCUCCAAUUGUACCCAUUCUUAAGGACAAUGGGGAGGUUCGAUUGUGUAUCGACAUGAGGCGUGCAAACACUGCCAUACUAAAAGAGAAUCACCCAUUACCCUGUAUGGAUCACCUGCUACCGAAAAUCAGGAAAGCGCAAUACUUUUCUAAGUUGGAUAUAAAAAAUGCUUUCCAUCAAAUUGAGCUUCAUCCGAAUUCACGCCACCUGACUACUUUCAUAACAUCCAGUGGUCUCUACAGAUACAAAAGACUGAUGUUUUUGAGUAACCUGUGCGCCAGAGUUGUUCCAAAAAAUAUUAGAGAAAAUGCUGAUAAAGUGUGAUGGGGUCAUAAAUUUUAUCGAUGACAUUUUGAUUUGCGGUAGUAGUGAAGAAGAACAUGACACGAGACUGGAAAAAGUUUUAAAGACACUGAAGGAAAACAACGUUCUCUUGAAUGAGGAUAAAUGUAUCUACAAAGUGCAAAAAGUUAAUUUUUUGGGACAUGAAUUGACACCGGGUGGAGUUAAACCUUUACCAAAAUACAUGAAGAGCAUUAAAGAAUUUAGAGUGCCCAACACUGUAGAAGAGUUACAGAGUUUCCUUGGACUCGUCAAUUACAUUAAUAAAUGGAUACCUAAUUUGGCUACCAUGACUGAGCCAUUGAAAGAACUGUUGAGACUGAAGUUGGGGAAGAAAGCGAGUAUCACUCAGUACUGGACAAGGAAUCAAGAUAAAGCAUUUCUUUCUUUGAAGGAGACAUUAACAGGAAUAGAAACAUUGGGUUAUUAUGAUGUUAAAGAUAAAACACAGGUGAUAGCUGAUGCCAGUCCUGUUGGUCUGGGAGCAGUGUUGGUUCAAAUUGACUGCAGCGGGCCUAGAAUAAUAGCUUACGGAAAUCGUACACUGACAAGUUGUGAGCGUAAAUAUAGUCAGACCGAAAAAGAAGCGUUAGCUCUCGUAUGGGCUAUCGAACACUUCAAUACGUUUCUUUUCGGUAAAGAGUUCGACCUUAUUACGGAUCAUAAGCCGUUAGAGUUUUUGUUUAGCCCAAAGUCACGACCCUGUGCGCGUGUAGAACGGUGGGUUUUAAAGCUUCAAGCUUAUCGCUACAAUAUUAAAUAUAAGCCAGGAAACACAAAUAUUGCAGACCCACUAUCACGGUUGUGUAAAGAGGUGAACA